CAGUGUCACUCAUGGGCCCCCAUAAUGGCCACAAGAGGGUCAGCCUCACAUUACUUGUUAAAUGCUUUUGUGUAACAGUUAAAAAGUCCAGGAUGAGAGGAGUGGUGUAUGACACAUUAACAUAUACCCUAUGUUAUGUUGAUAUGCUGUUUACAUGCUGACUUGUAUACGUGCGCACACAGCCUGUGACGUAGCAGAGGGGCCACACUGGUGGAAUUAGGAGGUAGUCGACUGGACGGACGCUGAUCGCCCAUUUGAGGAAUUUUUCAGGGGCUGGAAAGCCUGAAGUAACCCCUGCUGCAGAGAGUCAGACGGAGAAAGGAGUCGGACAACUGUGUGACAACAUGUAUAAAGUUGUUUCCUCUCUCAGAGGCCGGUGUGCAGUUUUAACGCGACAGUCCUGCUCUCGGUCCUCUUCGGUCAAACUCCACUUGGCAAGUGGUGCAUUAUGUCAGAAAUCAGCCUUCAUACACCCUCACACAGAUGUCCCAGAUAUGCCCCCAUGCAAUUUCACGCCACAGGAAUACACGGGUAUGUCCAAAGAGCGGAUGAUGGAGAUUCGCAGACAGAAUUGCAACCCGAUGAUCAUGAAGGUUACCUAUUAUAAGAAACCAGUGUUUAUCCACCAGGGAUACAUGCAGUGGCUGUGGGAUGUGGAUGGGAGGCGAUAUCUUGAUCUAUUUGCUGGUGUGGCUACUGUCAGUGUGGGCCACUGCCACCCGAAGGUGACAGCAGCCGCGGAGCACCAGUUGAAAAGACUGUGGCAUACUACAAACAUCUACGCCUAUCCUACUCUACACGAGUACUGUGAGAAACUAGCUUCCUACCUUCCAGAUCCUCUUAAGGUGAUCUAUCUGACUAACAGCGGCUCAGAAGCCAAUGACCUGGCUAUGCUGAUGGCUCGCCUUUAUACUGGCAACUAUGACAUCAUCACUUUCAGAGGAUCAUACCAUGGUGGCAGCCCACAGACCAUUGGUCUUACUUCCAACGCAGCGUACAAAUAUCCCAUUGCCAAUGGUUUAGGCUGCACAAAUACCAUGUGUCCUGAUGUGUUCAGAGGUCCAUGGGGAGGAAGCCACUGCAGGGACUCUCCUGUGCAGACUAUCAGAGAAUGUAGCUGUGCCCAAGGUCAUUGCAUGGCACAUGACCAAUACAUUGGACAGCUCAAGGAGACAUUUGCUACCAGCGUCCCAAGUCGAAUUGCUGCUUUUUUUGGAGAGCCGAUCCAGGGAGUCGGAGGAGCUGUGCAGUACCCCAAAAACUACCUCAAGGAGGCUUACAAACUUGUGAGAGAGAGAGGAGGGGUCUGCAUCGCUGAUGAGGUCCAGACUGGAUUUGGACGAACAGGAAGUCACUUCUGGGGUUUCCAAGGGCAUGAUGUCAUUCCUGAUAUGGUUACAAUGGCGAAGGGCAUCGGUAAUGGAUUCCCAAUGGGAGCUGUUGUGACGACACCAGAAAUUGCGGCCUGUUUUGCAAAGGGGGUUCACUUCAACACCUUUGGAGGAAACCCUGUGGCUUGUGCCGUUGCCUCGUCAGUGCUCGAUACAAUCAAAGAAGACGGCAUACAGCAGAACACUCUCACUGUGGGCACCUAUCUGUUGACAGAACUGGCAAACCUCAGAGACAAGUAUGAGAUCAUCGGUGAUGUCCGUGGAAAGGGGCUACAGAUCGGUGUGGAAAUGGUCAAAGACAAGGCCAGCAGAGAACCGCUGCCCUCUGAGGCAAUGAACGAGAUCUUUGAGGACGUCAAGGACAUGGGAGUCCUGAUAGGAAAAGGAGGAAUCUAUGGACAGACCUUCCGCAUCAAACCCCCGAUGUGCAUCACAAUGGAAGACGCUAAUUUCUUCCUGGCAGUUUUUAACAAGUCCCUCCACAACUACAUGGAAAAAAGAUGAAAGUCACAUGAAAGUCAGUUGGAUGUCAUUGUUCUAAGGACCAAAGCUGGAACCCCUUUCAGCAGUGAAUUGCAUUUUGUACAUCCUUUAAAAUGUUAUACAUGUCAGUAUCAAUCAUUUAUACUACCUCUGCUGUUGCCUUUUUAAUAGCAAUUUUAAAAGGGACAUUUAAAACUAUGUUUAACUGUGUAUUAAUUCGAACACUUUACAUAACUCACUAGUUAAAUGAGAAAAUAAUAUUGUAAAGUACCUUUCUAACAACUGACUUAAAGUUCAUUUUGCCUGUUUUGGAUCUGUUGAAUCAUGCUGGGAUGUAACAUAGGCCUAUGAUUGUAAUUUCUGGAUACAUGAUUUGUUGCUGAUUAUGGAUGUGAAUGUUAUAAUAAUAAAUCUGAGCUUCAGGAGCAA